AUGAGGAGGGUCAUCCAGUCUUUACAACACCGCGCUGCAAUCAAACAAGAGAGCAGGGCGUGGUGGAGACAGAGCGGGGCGGGCGCAGCUGUGGUUCUGAAUGAGGAGGCGGACUCUCCGCGCUCUGCUCGAGUCCAAUCGAUCGAGCUUCGGGAGGAGCGGAUGGAGCGGGGCUAUCACUUGUGCAUCUCCUUUUUACUCCGUUAUCCCCGCGACCGGACACGGCUGGACUGUGGCUGCGACUCUCCGCUGGGACUUAGGCACUUUUCAUCACUUUUCCUUCCCUCGGAGUUUGAAAGUGAACUUUAUAAGUGGUUUGUGCGACUGAGGAUUGGCUCCGAAGCUGUGGAUUUCUCCUCCUCCAGAGCAGCACAACUGGAGCUGGACUCACGAACCCAUGUGGUCACGGGGAGAGAUUUGGGUAAUUACAACACGCACGCACCGGCUCGCCCCCCCGCCCGCGUGUGCAGCGCGCCUUCCCGUGCGCCCCCCAUCUACACCCCCCCCUCCCCCUCUGCACCACCCUCUUUUUGGAUGUGCGCAGGUCCAAAAGCCGUCCGCACAUCGUCCCUCUCCCACACGUUUUAUCCGCCGGCGUUUGAUCCAUUCUUUCAAAGAGAUUCCAAUAAGACGCGGAGUCAGCGGGAAACACUCCACGGAAUCUUCGUAAGCCGUGGACACUGA